UCUGACUUGCAUUCUUGCUGAGUAGGUUAGGGAAAUGGUUAAUAAUGUGGUGUUUUUCUAAUAAUGUAGUUUUGAACUGCCCAUGAAUGUAAAAAACGAGGAGUUACAUGUGACCGGUGGAGACAUUGUUGGGAGCCGUUGAAGCACUGUUUACUCCGGUUGCUGUGUGUUAACGUGUUUUAGCAAUGUCUGAUGCUGAACCUGAAACAAACCUUGACAGUGGAGGCCAUAGUGGUGUAACAGUGGAAACUGAAAGAGCUCAUGCAGAAGUCAGGGAACAAAAUGUGCUGAAGGAAGAACAUUAUGAUGAGGGAACAGCUACCACUAGAAAUGACCAGGCCAUCUGUUAUCUUCAGGGAAGGGGUUCUCAGGAAAAUUACCAGAAAAUUUUGCACAGUACAGAGGCAAAAACAAUUAGUCAGAAUACUCCUUCUGCUGUGGUGAUAGAUGAAGUGAGCCAAGAAAGAAAAAAUACUGUGGAUGCUGAAAAAAUUGGGGAGCAAAAUGUACUGGAGGGAAUUGGGGAGCAAAAUGUACUAGAGGGAGAAGGUCAUGAUGAAGGAACUACAACACCUACAAGUGAUCAGGCCAUCUCUUAUUCACAGGGAUGGGAUUAUAAGGAAAGUGACAAGAAAAGGGAUCUAAAUAUGCUGGAGGGAGAGCAUCAUGAUGAAGGAUCAACAACACCUAUACAUGAUCAGCCCAUCUCCUACCCUCAGGAAUUGUAUUCUAAGGAAAAUGACCAGAAAAAGGGGCAAAAUGUGCUGGAGGGAGAAUGUCAUGAUGAAGGAAAAGCAACAUCUAUAAAUGAUCAGACCAUAUCUUACCUUCAGGGAUUGGAUUCUAAAGAAAAUGACCAGGAAGGGGAGCAAAGUGUGAUGGAGAGAGAACUUCAUGAAAAAGGAAUAGCAACACCUACAAAUAAGCAGGCCAUCUCUUACCAACAUGGAAAGAAUUCAAAGGAAAUUGACCAGAAAAUUCCUCAUAGUACAGAAACAAAAACAAUUGGUCAGGAUAUUCCUUCCACUGUGUUGGUACCUGAAGUGAGCCAAGAAAGAAAAAGUUCUGUGAAUACAGAAAAAAAGCCAUUGUUUCACACCCCUUCCCCAUCAGAGGAUUCUCUAGUUUACACUGCUACUCCCAGUAUGGUAUUUGAAGAAAAAGAAAAGGCUUUUUUCAGCUCAAACCCACUUAAUUUAGUUUGGUCGUUUGGGAUAAACCAAAAUAUCCCUGUGUACAACCUCCAUGACAAAACCAGACAAGUCAUUCUAUACACUUGUGCACAUACUGCUGUAAUGCUUGACUGCAGCACAAACACUCAGCACGUUUUCCAGGGUCACUGUAGUCCUAUUUCAUCAGUUUGUGUAAGUGAAGAUAGGAGAUGGGUUGUAACAGCCGACAAAGGUCUGGAGAGUCUUAUCAUCAUCUGGGAUUCCUACUCAGGCAUUCCUGUGCAGACCCUUUUUGAUAGCCAUCCUGAAGGUGGAGUUGCUGCCAUAGCUAUGACUGGGGACAGUAAAUAUUUGGCAACAGUUGGAGCGGGAACUCCACAGCAAGUGUGUAUCUGGGAUUGGGCAUCUGACAAGGAGGGACCACUAUGUUCUAAAGAUCUGGAUUCAAGCUAUGGCUACCAGGCAUAUAUGAUAUUUGAUCCUAAGGACAAUUUCCAGUUGAUCAGCAGCAGCAGCACCCAAGUCAUAUUUUACCUAUGGAAAGGCAACAAGCUGGAAUACAUAGCACCACAUCUCACAAAUGAAACAUUCAACAAAGUUGUGGGGAAGUUCACUCAGUCCAUUUUCCAUUUCACCAUUUCACAAGCUCUUACGGCAACUUCUGUGGGAAAUUUGGUUGUCUGGGAUGCCAUCCAGAUUUCAAAUGCUCCAGCAGAAACAGAAAUAAAACCGCACAAUAAAAAAGCUAUUAAACUGGUACCUAUGCAAAAAGAUGAAAUUACUGUGCUUACAGUGUCUGACAGGUAUAUUGUAACUGGUGAUGUCCGAGGUUUCAUCAGAUUCUAUGAUAGCCUGCUCAACUUGGUUAACUGGUACAGUAGUUUCAACUUGGGGCCUAUUCAGUCUAUUUCCUUUUCUAAAGAGCUUCCACAUCCAGCCACUGGUCAAACACAUUACCCUGCUGACUGCACCAUCCAGAGUAAACCAUUUGUCAUCAGAAAUUUUGUCGUAUCCACAUCUGAUGCGUCAGUGGUUCACGUAACUGCAGAUGGGACAAAGGUUGAAGCAUUACUUCAGGAAGCCAAUUCGACUGUGUAUGCCAUAGCAUGUCACCCUGAAAAACCUAUUGUGUGCAUAGCAAGCUAUUCUGGGAUGCUGAAAGUGUGGGAUUAUAAAAAGAAAAAAUAUAUCUGCAGCAGGAUUUUUAAAGCUGGACAGUACAUUCACUGUCUGACAUAUAACAUCAAAGGUACACUGCUUGGGGUUGGAUUCACUGACGGAAGUGUUCAAAUUCUGGAGAGCUUAACAUUGAAAGAUGAAUGUGCUGAACCUUUUAGAUAUGCCAGUGCACCAAUAACUCAUAUGAGCUUCUCCCAUGAUUCCCAGUAUUUGGCUACAGCAGAUGAAGGCUUUACUGUUACUGUAUACAAAAUCUCACAAGAAAAUGGAAACACAGUUUGGGCAUAUUUGGGAAGAAUGCGAAGUCAUUAUAAACUAAUUCAGACUAUUAUGUUUGGAAUACAUCCAGAUAACAACCAGCCAAGGCUUUUAUCUCUUGGCUCAGACAGAGUGCUUGUAGAAUAUGACUUUCCUAAUAGCAGUAAGAAUGAUCUGCGAAUUCUUGGCACUGAUCGAAUAGAACAAAGUGGCAUCCCAAAAUGUAUGGCUUGGUACCCACCGAUCACUAAAGAGAGUUUUAUCUUGACAGCAAAUGACCAGUAUAAAAUGAAACUCUUCAAUUCCACUACUAAAAUGUGCAGGAAAACUCUGUUGGGCCCAACAUAUAUCUCUCCACUUGAGAAGAUGAUAAUCCUUCCAAGAAUAAACACUCACAAUCCUGGAAAACAAUACCUGGCAUAUAUUACAAAAGACAAGGUUGGCCUUCAGAUCCUACCUGUUGAUGGGAAUCCCCAUAAAUCAUCUGCCAUUAUUAGUCAUCCAGGUGGUGUCUAUAACCUUGCCUGCUCCUAUGAUGGUGCUUAUCUUUUUACAGCAGGUGGUGAAGAUUGCACUGUCCUAAUGUGGGAAGUUAAUAUACAGGCUUUGGAAGCUGCUGCUGCCCUUGGAGGAACAGAUCUGAUCCCAUUUUAUGCUUUACUGGAUGGUGGUCGAGAAGGAGAACUUUUUAAGGAACUUGAAGAUUACUUUUACUAUGCACAGCUACGUAGCCAGGGUAUUGACACAAUGGACACAAGGCAGGUGUCUACUCAUAUUCCCUUAGUGGAAGUUCCUUUUGUAAUGCGAGCUUUGGGGUUCUACCCAUCAGAACAGGAGGUUGAAGACAUGCUAAAUGAAAUCAAAUUUAGUGAAUAUGUUGACACUGGAAAAUAUGUGACAAGUAUAGAUUUGGGAGACUUCAUUAGACUUUACAUAAAUCACAGACCAGCCUUUGGCCUUUCUGUGCAAGAACUGCAACAUGCAUUUGAUACUCUUGGCUGUGACAGUGAAAGUGGCGAGAAAACAAUGGAGAGAGGACAGCUUCUACAACUUCUGCAAAUCAAGGGUGAACACAUGACUGAGGAGGAACUUGCAGAAUACUUCACCACCCUGCUGGGCUUGAAUCCUGAAGGAGGAAGAUGUGAGAUAGGCAGUUAUGACUCCAAAGAUGCUGCAGCAUUACUUGAGAAAGCUAUUCCUUCAAAAAUGACACACCAAAUAUUCACAGUUGAGCUUCUGGGACUGCAAACUGGCGUAUCAGAGGAAGAGUCUUCUGAAGAACCCAUCACAGCUUGUACAUCUGCAAUGUCCUGAAUGACUUAGCCACUCUCUACUUUAAAAGUUUCUUAGUAACUAACUUUCCAUUUAUUUCUUUUGAAACACAGACAUUUAUGUGUAUAAUAAACCUAUUAUCCUUUUAUUUUAAAAAGUAUUGAUUUUCUUUAGUUCAGAUACCAUGCAUAGUCUCUUAAUAAAAUGAAAAGAAACAGCUCCAUAA